AUUGUGCGAGCAUAUUAUCAUUCGCUUCAGGAAGAGGUAAGGAAUGAAAAUGAUACAAUUUUUUUCUUAAUCUUCUCUCCACUUGCUUGUAUAGACCCCAGACGGUAUUAAUGUAGAUAGCGAUCAUAAUAUAGCCCAAAAUACUCAUGAUUCUCUGUCAUUCUGCAAACUUUGAGGUCACUUGGAUGAAAAAAGGCAGAAAUCGUUCCCAUAUUUUCAGACGCUUUACGGACCCUUUAAUUAUGCAGGAAUCGUCAUAUCAUCACGAGAGUAGAUUUUCCGACAAAAAUUCAGAACCUAUAAACUCCCAAACACAAGUGAGCGCUCCAACCACUAAAAAAACAGAGAGACAACAAUAUACUAUAAUACCAUAUACCAGGGUCAUAUGUGUAACUUGGGACAAUAAUUGUUGUAGGAAUUCAAGUGGGAAAGGUGCAAGAGGCUUAUAUCUGGAGAACAAAUACUGAACAAGGCUGGAACCUUACGGAAUGACUCAGAAAUUCUGGGUAUCUACAGGCUUGAUCAAGAUUGCGCGUGUGUUUUACAAACUCAUUUUGUUCAUCCUCCUGUGUCAAAAGAAGAAGAGCAGCUACCAAUCGCUUUCGGUUUGACUGUUUAUAAAGGUGCUUGUCUGUUUGAGCGACUUCUUCGAGCUAUUUACAUGCCAAACAAUGUCUACUGCAUUCAUAUAGAUAAAAAGGCGUCAGAGGUCUUCCGUGCAGCAAUAAUGGCCAUUACACGAUGCCUUUCAAAUGUUAUUAUCGCAGCAAACAGUGUUGACGUCGUCUGGGGACAUAUUACUCUAGUUGAAGCUCAGUUCAGUUGCAUGGAAGAGUUGCUGAAAUCACCAGUUAGAUGGAAAUAUUACAUUAGUUUAGUGGGACAGGAUUUUCCUCUAUAUGAUAACAAGCAGAUUGUACGAGCGUUACAAGGUCUCAACAACACCAACAACAUAAUAAGUUCUCCAAUGCCUGAACAUUUUUCCUAUCGAGUUAAUUUUGUUCACAUAUUGAAAGGCCACGCUGUUCGUAAAAGAACAAACAUACCAAAGGUGCCACCACCUCACAAUAUUUCAAUCUAUAAAGGAUCCACUCAUAUUAUUGCUUUAAGAGAAUUUGUCGAUUUUGCCCUUCACAGCCAAAUAGCAAAAGACUUCUAUGAAUUCUUAAAGGACACUCUAAUCCCGGAUGAAAUGAUAUACGCUUCUCUACAACAACUUCCAGGAGCUCCUGGCGGAAUCAAAGGAAAUCAACUAAAGUGGAUUCAACGGGCUAUGCAUUGGGAAUGGGGUGAUAAAACCGUUGAGGUUUGUCUUGGGAUGUGGAAGCGAGGGAUUUGCUGGAUUUCUCUAGAAGAUUUACGCUGGGCUCUAAGAGAAGACAACAAAGAGAAACUUUUUGUUCAUAAGAUUCCGUUUGACUUUAACGAGGAGUUAAUAGAAUGCAUUCUUGUGGCAAGGCAGGGAAGGAAAUACGCCACUGCUUUGUGGAAAGGAGAAGAGAAUGUCCAGAAAGAAUAA